AUGUCUGGACGUGGAAAAGGAGGCAAAGGUCUUGGAAAAGGUGGUGCUAAGCGUCACCGAAAAAUCCUUCGUGAUAACAUCCAAGGUAUCACCAAACCAGCUAUCAGACGUCUUGCACGUCGUGGUGGUGUCAAGCGUAUCUCUGGCUUGAUCUAUGAGGAAACUCGUGGUGUCUUGAAGGUAUUCUUGGAAAAUGUAAUCCGUGAUGCGGUUACCUACACCGAGCACGCCAAGCGUAAGACUGUUACUGCUAUGGACGUUGUCUACGCUCUUAAACGCCAAGGACGUACUUUGUACGGUUUCGGUGGUUAA